CCCUCCGCGCCGGACGCCGCGGCGGAAAUAGCUCCGCCGGAUCCGGCAACAACGUCGCAGCCCGGCGCCGAGAUCGCCGCCCCUCCCGCUCUAGCUCCGAAGCGGCAGCGCCGACCGAGCGUCCGAUUGGGCGAGAUCGGUGACCAACGCGCCGCCACACACGGUCACGACUCGCACACGCGCCGCCCGAGCAUGCCGCCGUGGAGCUGGCGGACUCCGAAAGAGUCUUCCAGAACCUCGAAGGCGCGGUCCGUGGCGAACCUCAACGGCGGCGAAGAGUUCGGGAACAAUAACCGAAGAGGAAAAGCAAAGCGAGGAGGACCAACGACGAAGCGGUUGAGGUCGAAUUGGAUUCCGAGAGCAACGAUCGACGAAAACGGCGACGAAGAAGGUUUUAGGGAUUUCGAACACGAACACGAGCACGAACAUGGACACGAUCAGAGUCCGGUACACUCGGUGGAAGAGAACGGUGUUGAUUAUUGGCACGUGGAUCGGAACGAGGAUCCUAGGGUUAGGGUUUCGGACAACGAAGGCGUUGAAUCGGAAUCGCAGGAACGGAGGAAGAGCGAGGGAGUGAGGUCUUGGCUUUUCGAGUUAGGAUUGAGUAGGUAUGCACCUAUGUUUGAGAUCCACGAGGUCGAUGAUGAGUUACUUCCGAUGUUGACUUUGGAGGAUCUCAAGGAUAUGGGAAUCAACGCCGUUGGUUCCAGAAGGAAAAUGUACACUGCGAUCCAGAAGCUUCGAAAAUGCAUGCCGUGACCGUGAUGUAAUGGAAUGAAGAUGAAUGACUGAAUGUAUGUAUAAUAUGUAUGUGUAGUUCUUUUGAGUUUCUUUUGUUUUGGCUUUGAAUUGUGGAUACAAGUGCAUGUAUGUAUGUAUGUAUAAGAGUUUUUGUUUAUCUAUGGUGAAUGAACAAUAGGGGGUUAGUGACUGUUAUCUGGUUGAAACUUCUUGAUGACAUGGUUUCUUUCCCAUUUUUCCGUGUGAUUUUGUUGCCUGAUUGAAGAAUAAUGAACUUCAUGCAAUCUCACUUAAUUAA